AUGGCACGUCUGAACGAGCCCAUGGUGGCGCCAGAUGGUAUAGAGCUACUUCGCCGGAAGUUCCUCCGCCAAAACCGAGAUAUCGCCAGAGUCAACUCAACACAGUCAUUGCGCAUUCGCAGUUUGGAGAAUGAAUGUGCGCGCAUGCUCUCAGAAAACCUCGAUCUUCGAGGUCAGGUUUUACGACUAGAGACUGAACUACAGGAGAGUCGAGCGCAGAGGAUUGCCGAUCAUGCCCUAGAAAUCAAGGAGAAGAUGGAAGCCCAGCUUCUUGAAUGGGGAUCCAUGUUGGCGAGCCUGGGCCACGAACCAAUUCCCAAGAACCGAUCACCACGCAUAUCCAAGAAGGCAAAGACCCGAUCGAGCCUCGGCCCAACCAGCCCGUCACAGUGGAGGCGGAGAGACACACGAGAGUCGGAGGCUGCUGCCGCGCAAGAGGGCAGAUUGCCUCCUUUGUGGGAAAAUAGACCCUGCCCCAGAGAGACAUUGAACAGGGAGGAGAUACUUGCUCUAUGUUCGGAAGCUGCGAAAACUACCGAGUCUCCAGAUCUGGGGCCGCCCCCGAUCUCCCGUUUUGUAGACGAGGAUCCCGUGAAGAUCGAUCUGCCAACAAAGCCGUCAGCAGAAGGACCGGUCACUACAUCUCUAGUAGAGGAGUCGCUCUUGAAGGUCGUGCCAAAAGCAGAGCCGAAACUCGGUAUAGACACGGAACCCAGAGCAGAUGCAGCACUCAAGGCAGAACCGACGCCUGCACCAACGGUUCAAGCUCGAGAUGAUGCCUCCCAGGACAACCCCACGACCAAGAAGAAAGAGCCGAGGCUUACCAAGCCAGCCGCAGUUCCUACGACGCAGGCAUCUGCUCAAGUCGCAAAAGCCGGUUUGAAGAGAAAGAUAGUGGAAGAUGAGGACAAGGAAAACCAUGGAGAAAUUCGGCCCCUAGCCGACACAACCAAAUCAAACAAAAGCCAACCUGACAAACCUGCCCGACUGCUAGAUCGACCUAUUAAGGAAUUACCUUCGGUCAGACGAGAUGCACGUGGGAGGGCAACUGGUACAUCAGUCCUCGGAACUCAGAGGAAACCCCUGGCAGCACGCAGUGCAAACGAAGUUCUGAGCUCGCCUCAGAAAUCUACCAAGCCUGUGGCUGUAGAUCAAGUCGCGAAGGCGAAGGCGGAAAUCAAACAUAACGAGCAGCGCACGAAGCCAAAGAAGAAGGAAGAAGCAGCUGCGCCGAUUGAGGUUCCAGCUCCUGACAUACCGACAGCACCUACAGUGACAGCUAUCAACCUCGAACCGGAAACGCUGACUGCGGAGCCAAACCUAUCAGCACCAGAAUCUCCCGAGCCAUCAGUGCCAUGCGAAGAAAUCAGAGACACUCCACCGCCUUCUGAUAUCUCAUCCAAAGGGGAGACUGCCCGUGGGAGCCGCAGAGCUAGGACUGCUGUCAGCUACGCAGAACCCAACCUUCGGGAUAAGAUGCGCCGGCCUACUAAGCAGUUAUUCGAUGCCGUAUCUGGGGAGGGCAAGGCCAUUCGCAGAACUAGUCAUUCCAAGGGUGGCGAAACGCCGGGCGGACCCGCGUCUACAGUGAAAUCGGAGGAAAGGUCGGAAAGGUCUGCAUCGUGGAAAGUGUUGCCUGUGGCAGAUUCUGCUUCGGAGGGCCCAGCAAGUCCAUUGGCGGACAAGGUGUUGCGCAGAUCGCCAGACCACCUUCCGAUGAAUGUGGUGACGGACAGGAAGAAACGCAACCCUUCGAUGGCGGUUCAGGGGACCGAAUCAGAGGGUGUGAAGCCCGCUACGAAGUCGACAUUAAAACCAUCAACGAAUCGCCGCCUGGACGACAUUGCAGCGCGAGAAGCCGAGGUUGCGAGAAUGUUUGAUGAGUCUGAUGUUUACGAAUUCACCAGCUCACCAAGCAACGAGUCGAAGCGAACGAAUCCGGAAGAAGACAAGAAGGCAAAGAGUUCUCGCCACGCGAGGUCAAGACGGCUUUCAUCCGUGGUGUGCGAAGAUAUCGCAUUGGAUCCCGUUGAUACUAGUAGCAAGGGAGCCAAACCCAAUGGCGCUAGAAAAAGGGCUUCCAUGGUGGCACUGAAAAAUUCAAUUCUGGAAGCAGAUAAUUCCGGGAGAAACAGUCCAGCAGAGGGAGACAGCUUGAGUAGUUCUUCGCCGGCAGAUGCGGAUGGCUCCGCUCGGGAUAGAGCAUCGAUGAGACGGAGGAGUAUGAUGUUAUGA